GAACGGGAACAGCGGGAACAGCGGGAACAGCGGGAAUGGGAACGGGAACAGCGGGAACAGCGGGAAUGGGAAUGGGAACAACGGGAGCAGCGGGAACGGCGGGAAAAACGGGAAUAACGGGAACAAUGGGAAUGGGAACGGGAACAACGGGAGCAGCGGGAAAAACAGGAACAGCGGGAGCAGCAGGAACAGCAGGAACAAUGGGAACACGGGAACAGCGGGAAUGACAGCAACAGCGGGAAUGGGGACGGGAACAGCGGGAACAAUGGGAAUGGGAAUAAUGGCAACAGCGGCAACAACGGGAACAGUGGGAACAACGGGAAUGGGAACAGGAACAAUGGGAACAAUGGGAAUGGGAACAAUGGGAACAAUGGGAACAAUGGCAACAGCGGGAACAAACAGCAGGAUUGGGGAAAAUGGGAACAACGGGAACGACGGGAACAACGGGAAUGGGAGCAACAGGAAUGGGAACUGGAACAGCGGGAACAGUGGGAACAAUGGGAACAGCGGGAACAACAGGAACAAUGGGAACAACAGGAACAGCGGGAACAACAGGAAUGGGAACGGGAACAAUGGGAACGGGAGCAACAGGAACAAUGA